GUUUUUCAGUCUCCAUCCACAUUUAGCCUGGCGAGACGGGAUCACGAAAGAGAGUCACCAGCGGGUUCUCCCCUUUCUGGAGAAGAGGGACACAAACUGGACAGACGGCAGGUGUACCUGCAGGUGAAAAGCAACCGGGAAGGGCGACUAGGAGCCCGGGCCGGGAGGUGCAAGAGAUUAAGGGCUACAGAUGACGACCAGCUGGAGGUCCACACUUUAAAAGGUCCUAGACCACCAGAGUCUGAAGAGGACAGCAUGGAAGACUUUGAAUACCGAAGUCCAGCUCAGAGCUCUCCGGCCGCUCUGCUACAUGUGAAAGAUGGCCGACUGGGGACCCCGCACAGUGUUGACAGCCGAGACAGUGAGCUGGAAAUUGAUUCGGAGCCAGAAUUUGGAGCCCGGGUUUCGCAUGAUGACUCACUCAUCAAAGUGAGGACAUCUCCUCCGGAAACCGAAUCGAAUGAAACUCAAGAGACUCGACUCUUCAAGUGGAGGAAUGAUGGGCUGCCAUCAGGCAGUGAAGUUGAAACAGCAGAGAACCUGAAAGCACAGAUUUCGGAGCUGACCACCAUGCUAAAGCAGAAGGAGUCGUACCGGUGCCACGUCUGUCUGGGCUUGUACAACACUCCCGUUGCCUCCAUCCAGUGCUGGCACAUACACUGUGAAGACUGUUGGUUACGCUCUCUGGGUUCCAAGAAGUUGUGCCCCCAGUGCAGCACCAUCACCUCACCUGGAGAUCUGCGCAGAGUCUUCUUGUAAAUGGUCACCACCCUUGACCCCCUGUGUGCUAACCCAGGACAGCAGGUCCUUUAUCUGAAUGCAUUCACAGCCUCUAUUUCUACCUACGUGAGAAUAAUCACAUCCACUAAAGUUCUUCAGAAAUGAACAUUCAACAUCUCCGCUGUCGUCCUGGAGAUUUCCAUACCAAAUGGUGAAGCCAGGUGGCUGAAGGAGACGAGCGCAUCAGAGGGACGUGCAGUGGCAGCUGGAAGGCCUUCUCCGCGCUCCUUAUACGACACUUCCAGUGCCAAUGCCAUGAUCAGCUCAAGGUUAUCUGGAAACUUUCUGGUGGAUUUUAAAGCACCGCACAAUUGAUGUCUCAGAUGAGUUUUUAAUGUAAAAGAGAAAGUCCGGCUGUAGCAGCAGGGCAAUUGGCGCAUCAGUAGUCUGGGGGCUCCAUUAAAGGUAAAAGGUCUGCAAAUUCCAUUUCUCAUGAAAUUUCAAUGCUGGGAAUCUCUUACAAAUAUCCAAGAUGCCAAACUGAAGGCUUAUUCUCUAAAUUACCGGUCACUGAAGUCGCUGGGAAAUUCAACAUUCGCCUACAUACGGAAUUAGAAGCGUAUUCCCUACACUUUUUGUAAAAAUCUUAUUUACGCAUUGAGCCACAGAAAAUUUAAAUAAAAAGUGCGUUUCUUAACUUCUCAUCCACUUUCCUUCCUGGAUAUUAAAUAGAGGAGAGGCUCGAUCGGAAAAAUGAUGCAUCACAUAUACCACACAUGAAAUAAAGGCGCAUGUGCACCCCUCAACAUUUCUGCUUUAUUGCAAUAAAACGGCGAUGAGAAAUAACAGCACAUGCUCACUUUCUCCGAGAAGUAUCUCUACAAAUACAGGGCAGCCCGCCUGCACCGAGAUGACCCCCUUCUCGUCUGCCACCAGAUAGGCGGCUGCAGUCACGUCACCCGCCUUGUUUUCUUGC